AUGAAUGCCUUACACGUGGAGGAGAUCAUAUCUGAUUCCAUCAAACAAGGCUACCGUUUAAUUAUUACUAUUUUCAACGAUGACAAUGACGUUGAAGUCGGCAAAUGUGUUACAAGAGCCAUUACCGACGGUAUUGUCAAGCGCGAAGAGCUGCUCAUUGUGGGUCAGCUUUGGAGCAGCUAUCGUCAGAAGCAACAUAUCAAGCCUGUCUUACAGAUGGCACUCGAUAAUCUUGGCUUGGACUACAUUGAUCUUUAUCUCGUACAGUUUUCCUUUGCCACUGAGUAUAUUGACCUUAAGCAGUUUUCUCCUGAAAGCGAGGAAACAAACAAGCUGAAGCUCGCCAGCGUUUCCUUGGAAGAAACCUGGCGUGAACUGGAAGCACUGGUAGAUGCUGGCGUCAUUCGUAAUCUUGGUAUCUCCCACUUCAAUUUCCAGUCAGUCAUCGAUCUUCUCCGUUAUGCUCGUAUUCGACCCCGUGUGCUUGAGAUUGAGCAUCACCCUUACUUUCAACAAAAAAAAAAGCCUGGUCGAGUGGGUUCGCUCUAA